AUGAAAAAAGUACCACCAACACCACCACAAAAGUUGUAUCCUACAGCCUCACUUGAUAGUCCUAAUUUUGAUGAUGUUGCUUUCAUUAAUCAAUUAUUACCAGAACCGAAUACUAAAAAUUUUAAUAAAAAGUUUAAAGAAAUAACUGAAACUUAUGAAGCCACAGAAAAAGAAUUGUCUCAACAAGUUUUUAACUUUUUUGAAAAAUCAGUUUCAGUAAAUGAUACAAUUGCAGAAUCAGCAGAACAAUUAAAAGCUUUAUUACUUCAAACACAUGAAACAACAAAUAGAUCAGUUAUGAGUGAACAAGAAGUAUUAAAAGUAUGUGAUGGUAUGAGAAGAAUGGGAUAUGCUAAAGGUAAUUUAGAAGCUAUUAUUCAAAUAAUUACUCAUUUAGAUCAAUUAUUUAAUUGUCUAGACAAAUUAGAUCAUUUGUUAGAUAAAAAAAAGUAUGAUGACAUUAUCAAAAUUCUACAAACAACUCAUUUAUUAUUAAAUUUAUUUGAAAAAUUUAGUUCAAGUGAACCAACAAUUUCUACUGCUUUACAACGAUAUGAUGUAUUUUCUGAACGAGUUCUUGAUGAAGCUAAAAAAGUUAUUGAUCAAUUUGAAAAGAAAACUUUGUCAAAAGAUGAUUUAAAACAGUUUAUUACUAUUGUUGAUAGUUUAAGUCAAAAACAUAUUGAUGAAUUUGUUACAUGGAUGUAUAACCAUUUACUAGUUGGUUAUUCUAAUGAAUUUCCUUUAACUGGUGAAAUGUCUGGAUUAGAUAAUAUUGAUAAAAGAUAUAUUUGGUUUAAUAAAAAGUAUUUAAGUUAUGAAGACAUGUAUAGUACUAUUUUUCCUUCUCGUUGGAAAGUUGGUGAAGCUUUAGUUUUAGAAUUUGUUUCAUCAACUAAAGUUGCUUUCUCUAUGUUAUUAGAUAAACUUAUAGAUGAUGCUCAUUCUCAAAAUGGAAUAGAUGAAACAACUUUUACAACUCGUAUAGUAAAAGCAUUACAUAUAACAAUUAUUUUUGAACAACAGUUGUAUAAACGAUUGUAUCAUAAAGAAUACCAAAGACCAAUCAAACCACCAAUGGAACUUUCAAAGACUUCUAAUUCUACUUUAAAACUUGUUCCAAAGAAAACACCUCCUCAACCAUAUCAAAAAGCUUUACCUAAACCAAGUGUUAGUGCUCAAAGUACUCCUAAAACUAGUGCUCCAAAACGUCCUGUAAAAAAUAUGUCAAGUGCUAUGUCUACUCCACAUACAGAAACCAAUCCAUUUGAUGAUAGCAGUGAUGAUGAACCUAAAGGUAUUACAACUGACUCUAUUAAAUCUUCUCAAUCAAAAAAUCCAUUUUCAGACUCAGACUCGACUGGGUCAGAUGGUGGUGAAGAAACUAAUAAUCCAUUUAGUUCAACUAAUUCUAAUAUUUCUCCUGCAAAAGUUGAUGGAGCAACUAAACAUAAUACAAUAGUUACCCAUAAACAUGAGAAUAAGAAAGGGAAUGAUUCUAAUCCGUUUGACGAUGAUAGUGAUACUGAUAACACAAAAGAAAAUAAAGAAAUAACACAACCCAAUUUAAAUCCAUUUGAUGAUGGAACUGAUAGUUCAGAACAUGAAACAAAAGCUCCACAAGUUAAGAUGAGUUCUAAUACUGAUGGUGAAGGAAGUUCAAGGCAUAUAUCUCCUAAGAUUGAAACAAAUCAUUUUGAAACUAUGGAGCCAACAGAUGCUUAUGUUGAUGUAUCUAAUCCAUUUGAACAUAGAAAUGAAACAAAAGAGUCAGAACAAACUGCAUUUACCGUUGGUGUAUUAUCCAGAUGUUUUGAACCAUAUAUGUCAGGGUAUGUUGAUUUAGAAAAUACUAACUUAACGUCGUUUGUGAAUAAAGUAUUAAAUGAAGAGAAUUUCCAAGAAGAUCCUGAAGAUGGAGUGUUACCAUCUUGUAAAGAUUAUAUUUUCUAUUGCAAAAAAUGUGGAGAACGUUGUAUUCAAAUUACUCAAGGAAAGCCAUUAAUUGAUAUUUGCAACCAAAUUGCAGAACAUGCAGAACAAUACUCUAGAGGUAUAUUAUCCAAAUGUAAAGAAAAUGAAACUAUUAAAAGAAGUUGUAUUUCAAUUAAUACAUGUGAUUAUCUUGGAGGAAGAUUAGAACAAUUAUUAACAGGAUAUACUGAAAUGGCAACGGUUAGUGGUGCAUAUCAAUUACAAACAUUUCAAUUUAGUAUUAUUAAUCAAUGUGUUAAACCUAUCAUUCAAUAUCUUGUAUUAUGUUUAAUUGAAAAAGCAAAAGGAGCAAUUACAGAAAUUACAAAAAUGAAUUGGGAUAUUUCAUGUGAAUCAAUUGAUGAUGAAGAUGAUUAUGUUUUUCAAAUGGUUAGUUUAAUUAAUCAGCAAUUUAGUAUUGUUAAAUCAAAAAUAUUUCAAAACUAUUAUCUUAGAAUCUGCCAUGCAACAGUUUCAUUAAUUAUUGAUGAAUUGUUUGAUACAAUAUUUAAAUGUAAAAAAAUUUCAAUUGAAGGAGCACAAAAAAUGCAAAUGGGAUUUUCUCAAAUUAAAAGCUCUUUACAAAAACUACCAGUUCUUGAGGCUCCGAGUUUUAGUGAAGUUGGAAAAGGACAAGAAGUUUAUAGUGAAACUGAUUAUGCUCUUCAUGUUAAAAAAUCAUUCAGUAGAAUAGAAAAUACUCUAAAAAUUCUUCAAUGUGAUAAUAAAGAAACUGCAUACACUCUUUACCAACAACUUAAUCCUCUUCAAUCCGAUGAAUUGUUUAAGAAAAUUUGGAAGAAAACUGAAAGUGUAAAAGACACUCAAAAACUUUUAAGUGAAAUGAAAAAAUUAAAGAAAAUUGGAAAAUAA